AUGGAUCCAUGCAAUUCUACAUCGCCAGAUGCAUGGGAAGACGAUGCAUGGGAAGACCUCGAACUUGGGCACCCUGCCUCUUGGCUUACAACGAAGCCGUCCAGUCCAUUUUCGCUCUCGCCGCUCAUCAAAUCUGAAUCAAUACAUCACAUCGGUCGAUUCAGAUUCAGCGAUAAUCAGCUCCAGUAUGUGCUGGUCAAUUUGGUGCACGCCAGGAAAAACAAUACCAUCCGUGAUGUCGUAUUAGUUUUGAGAUACAAAUGGCCAAGCCAGUUCAGACUUCUUUUACAAUCUGAUCUGGAAACGGUGCGCUCACGCUCAUACCCCAAUAAUGAAGCAAUGCAGCAGUGGUAUGCCUCCCGACUCCCAGAAGUGACACAGCUUGUCAACACUUUCAAGAUCGAGUUGCGCGAAGCUGAAGCUUGUGGCAUACGGGCUCUAGCCAAGAGUAUUGAGCUGCAGGUUGUCCUGAUCAUCCUUGCCAACAAGCUCUUUUCGGACCUGUCUUCUGCAGACAUUGCUUUGGGGCUUACCAACCGUUAUUCCCAUUUAGUCCGUGGUUACCGAUAUGUGUGGAUGUUCCCUUUUACAGAAAUGCACGUGGAACUCGUCUGGAACCGCUCGCAAGUAGCCCAAACUGAGCCCUUCAAGGUGCUCGCCGAAAAGAACGGACAACAAAUGAGCGUGAGGAGGUUCCUGAUGGCGUUUAUGAGAGACGUAGUAGCUGGACGUGCAGACAAGACAUUGGUGCUCGACCCUCGAUCCUGCGGCAAUGAGAGAAGCGCAGCUAACCUCGUGGAAGACGUUAUUGGUCUAUUUAUGAGCUGUGUCGACAGUAAAGACAUCCUCGGAGCACUGAUGACUUAG